AUGACAAUAAAUUUGAAAUUCUAAUAAUUAAAUGAUACUUUCGCAAAUAUUUCAUCAUAACAGAAUAUAAAAAUAUCGUAUAAUUUACAAAAUAGCUGUAGUACAGACAGAGUAAGAAAGUUAGUAAACAAAGUUAAAGCUUAAUCAAAAUAAAUAAAUAAUACACAUGAUAUUAAGUAAAGUAUUCAUAGUAAAUAAGACUUAAUCGUUAAUUGCAAUAAUUUAAGAUACUUGAUACUUUUAUUGAUACAAAAGCAUAAUUAAAGAAACUGAAUAUAUUAAAUAAUAGAGAUUUAUUAGAGUCAGUAAAGAAUUAUCUAAAAAGAAGGAAAAUAGCUCGAUAAUUGGAUUAGCAAGAAGUAGAGUUAAAAAAGAUGCAUGAAUAAUUUGAAGUAAAAUUUGAAACAGAAUUUGAUAAAGCAUUUUUAGAUAGUGAUUUUUUUUUAGAUUUAGGUUUGGUAAAGGUACCAACCAAUAAAUCUAAGGUAUUAUCUAAGGAGAGAUUAUAUAACUUUAAUAUUAGAACAAUUAGUUAAUAUUAAAGUUCUUGUGAAUAAAAGUCAAAUAGAGAUUAAGUUACAAAAUCUUAGUAUGAUUAAAAUCUAUUUUAUUUUUAUGUUGAAGAUCAUAUAGAAUAAAUAAAGAAAGAGAAAUAAGAGAUAGAUAAUUGGAAUUAGAAAAUUGGAAAAUCAAUAAAAUGUAGAACUCAAACAGGAGAUGGAAACUGUGGAAUAUAGGUUGAGUAGUAAAAGAUUAAUUAAAUAGAUUAUGAUAAGGAGCUUUAUAAGAUUGUUUUACAGUAUGGAAUUGAUUUGAAUUCUACUGAAUUAUUAGAAGAAGAUAUUUAUUUAGCAUUUAAACAAUAAGCUAAUGAAUUUAUAAAAUCAAAAAUAAAUGAAGCUAAAAUGAAGCACAAUCAGAAUAUAAAAGAAGAUUAAUUAAAUUAUAUAUAUCAAAUCAAGGCAUAAAAGAAAAAAAUAAGUUCUAUAUUUGAGUAAUAAUUAUUCAAUAUAUCGAAAUAAUUAUAUCCCAAUCCUAAAUCAAGAUAUAGAACUUAGAGCAAUUUACCUUCUGUGGCAUCAGAAAACAGGAAAUCACAAAUAGAAUAGGAAUAAAUUAAUAAGAAGAAAUAAAAGAUGAUGUUGCUGAAUUAAUUUAAUUUGAAAUCCAAGAGAAUUAUAAACAUGUGUAACAAGAAUGAACAAAAAUUGUUGUAUAAUGAGUUUAUAACAGAUAUGUAGUUGAUGAAUUUAUAUAUGGAUGAAGCUAUAAUUAAAACCAAUUUUAAUAGAAAACUUUCAUAAUUAGGUUUUACAAAAGAAGAUUAAAUUUUAACUAAGAAAUAGAUUUUAUUUCCAGGAGAAAGUUAAUGA